AUGAAGAUUUUCUCCAUCGCUGCCGUGGCGCUCCUUGUCGACAUUUCAGUCUCAUUUGACUUGAUUGAUGAUGAUGAUACCUUCAGAAAUAAACCCAAAAUUCCUAUUCUUAAUAGGAAAUUUGGGAUGAAGUGUCAAACAAAUACAAUUUACAAUGCAGAGACCAUCAUGCAGAAUCUUGACAAGGUGUAUUCAAAUAAGCUACUUGCUCGUCUGGAGCAAGGCAGCUUUACCCGUUUUCCUGGAGUAGUUUUCUACCAUUACUUCAUAGGACAAAGUAACAUUUCAGAACAAGGUUAUUACCUCUCCAAUUAUAUCAUUGUCGACUCCCGCGGUGUGUUUGUGGCUGGGAUGACAUCAAUCCCAGGCCUUUACCCAACGGCUUACAAAGUAUGUAAGUUUACGGAGGAGACUGAGUUCGCCACUUACAGACGGCAAUGA